UUGUUAUUAAAAAAACCAACAUGUGAUCAAUUCAUGCAACAUAGAUUUAAUGGAAAUAUUUCCCGAUGUGAGAAUGUUUUUGUUUGCCCAGGAAUUUUACCACAACUACAAAUGAUUCAUUGAUUUUUGAUUUUGUUCUGUUUUUUUUGGGGAUUUUUUUCACUGGUCAUUUACAUCAUCAGGAUUUAGAUAUGACAACAAUGAAAUGCGAUGAAGAAAUAUUCGAAAUUAAUGAUUUUAGUACAUCAUCCGAUUGGGAACGUUUUAUUGCCGAUAUUGAAGAGAUACUUACACAUUGGAAUCUAACGAAUAGUGUGGAUAAUUCAUCAUUGGAUUCAAUCCACACACCAUCAUCACCAACACCACAGCUUCCAAUUACGAAAAUUGCUACAUCAAAAUUGUUAUCCGAUCCACAUCGAUGGCAACAACGACAAGAAUCGAUCAAAUAUCGUAAAGUUGCUUUUUCAUUACAAUUUUUUCAAUUCAAAAAAGAUCCAUUACCAACACCGUCCGUGUCGAUUGGAUUACCUGAACAUUGUCCGCAGUCGAAUCGUAACCAAUCGAAUCAAUCAUGGCGUGAUAUGUCAUCAAUUGAGAAUGAUUGGCCCGUCACUGGACAUCCAUUAGUACGUUAUUAUGGGCUCAGUCAAUUCCUGUUACUCAUACCAUUGAAUGGUGAAACUAUCAGUACAGAAGAUCGUGCAAGACAAUUGCUCGGUUCUGCUUCCAUUGCUUUACAUAAUUUAGAUUGUGAAAUUCCAUUUUUUUGUCAAAUAUCAACUUCCAAUCGUCGAUUAUUUAUGGGUGUCGGACAUCAACCUAAUGGGUUUCGUACCUAUUUUGAUAUAAUACAAUUUCCGGAUAUUCCACCAUCAUAUCGUUAUUUCAAUGAACUAAUGGUGCUGUUCAAAAAGAAACUUUAUUCUUCAUUUUCAUAUCAUUCGAAUGUUAUAACACCAAAAGAUGAAUCGGUCGAUGAAUAUCGAUCAUCAUCGUCAAACGAUCCUACCGUUCGGGUUUCCAUUCGAUUCACAUAUCUAUUGAACCGAUGGCCAACUGAAUAUCUGCUAUUCAAUCCAUCCAUGGAUGUUCAUAAUUUAUUUGUUCGACAAUUUUCUUAUUUUGGAACAUCUCGAAACAAUUCAAAAGCUCAUGAACAAAUAAUGGCAAAUUUUGCAAAUCUUUACGGUGAUCCACUUACACAAUGGCAAUUGGCAACAACAUGGCCAUCUGUAGCAGAAGAAUUAAUCACUGAUAAUGCAUAUCAUAGUGAUUUACAGCCACGUAAUGCACCACGAUGGUCAUUACGAUCAUUAUUCACAGAAGAUUCAAAAAAUAGCCAACUUUAUUGUCGUCAUGUUGAAUUGUUUCGAAUUUUCAUACAACUUGGUAAUCGUAGUCCAAAUAAUCCAUUGUUGAAUUUAUUGCUGCGAAAUACUGAUAAUCACCAACAACAAAAAGAUGAACAGGAAACACAAGAUAUACGUCAGGCAUUGGAUCGAUUAUCAACGCCCAUCCAUUCAUCGGCACAAUCAUCAUUGUUGAAAACAACAAAUACACUGUUGGUGACUAGUCAAUUAUUAUCAAAUCUAAUGUCAUUGGCAGCCGGAACUGGUUCUAGACAAAUUCCAUCCGAAUAUAUCGAAGCAUUUGUUGAGAAUUUAUUCGAUGAUGAUGAUGAUGAAAAACCGGUGAAGAAUACGGAUAUCAAAUCGAAUGAUGAUGAUAAUGAGGAUGAUCAACUUGGUAAAUUGAAAUCUGCACCACGUGAUAGCCUUAGUUGGCGUCUAGCAAAUCUUGUUGUGAAUAUCUAUGGUCAAACUCGACAACCAUUCAAUCUGGCUCAAUUAUGGAAAUUUUUUCUACAAAAAUUACGUACUCAUUGGAGAUCUGGACGACUAUUGCCACAUCUCGAUGAAAAUACUACGGACAACAUUGAUCAUGGAUCAUGUCUGUUUCAUCAAAAACUUCAGAUGUUCAAUAGUUGUAUUCGACAGAAAAUUAAACGUGAACAUCAACUGGAUUCGAACGUAAAGCUGGCUGAAGAUUCGGAUGAAGAAUUUUUUGAUGCCCAAGAUGAAGAACCCGAAAUGAAUGAAAAUCAAACAGCCGAAGGUCAAUUUUAUCCGUUGAAAGAUGUGAAAGGUCAACCAAUGUAUCUACUUUCAUACCCAAAUCGACCAAUACAAGUGCCACAAACACAGGAUCCAGCACCGAUGACUGAAGAUGUUCUUGCACGACAAGUAACACAUCUGGCUCAAAUCGAUGAUGCUCGAAUGAAAAUCCGUCUACAAUCAGCUGGAUUAUUGUCCGAUAUGGAAGCCUUCAAAGCGGCCAAUCCAGGUUGCCAAUUUGAAGAUUUUAUUCGUUGGCAUUCACCACGUGAUUGGAUACAACAAUCGUCUUCCGAUUCCAACGAUGAAACUUCUGAUACAUUUGGCCUAAGCCGUAGAAUGCGUGAAUCUAAUACAUGGAAUGAUCUUUGGGAAUUGGCACGACCAUGUCCUGUUCGGCGACAAAAACGUCUAUUUAAUUAUACGAAAGAAGCGGAAGAAAUUCUACAAUAUUUCGAAACAAUUUCAUUGGCAAAUUUGGUACAUUAUCUUUCGCCAAUCGUUUGUAAAUCAAUCAUUUUACAAUUAUUACAAUAUCGAAAAGAAAUUCUUCAUUUUAUACGAUCCAACAAUCGUGGCGAUUCAAAUAUCGAUUUCUUAUCUAUUGAUAUGGUUUCAAUUGAACAUUUAUUCACCAUUGGUGAUUAUGAGCGACUAAUCGAUGUACAAUUGAUUGAACUAGAAUUUGCAAUGUUAAAAUUCUAUUCAUUAUUACAUAAAUUCUUUCAUUCAUAUGAAACAUUUUUUCAUCGGCAAAAGAAAUCAUUUGCUGAUUUAUUUCGUGAUCAACAAUCUACAACAACAACCAUAACUACAACAGUUGCGAAAAAACAACCGAUAGCUCGAAUAUCAAAAUUGAAAAAUAUAGGCCAAACAAUGGGCGAAAUAAAAGGAUCAGAUUUCAUUCAAUUCAUUCUGGAAUUAAUAUCCGAACCAGAAAAAGAAUUCACUAAUACCGAUAUGAUUGCACAGCUUAUUGUACAGAUUUUUGCCGAUUCUGAUCGUUUUCAAUAUGAACAAUCAACAAGUGUUGGUGAUCGAAUACCAACAGCAACAACAACAACAACAAACGAAUCAUCAUCCGAUAAUGAUAAAAUGAUGAAACCAAUAACAUCUGGUUCGUUGCCGCCACCUACUGGUAAAGAAUUUAUUAUACGUGCAACAGGAAUAUCAAGACCAGCACCAUAUUCACGGCCAUCAUCACAUCGAAUGUAUUGUUUUCUUGCUAAUGAUUUUCGUAUUGCAUCUGCAUUCACUGAAGAUAUAGCUUAUUUUUGAGAAUUUUUCAUUUUAACAAGAAAAAAAGUUUUUAACAUUUUUUUCACUCUUGUUUGUUUGUUUUU